AUGAAUCGGAUUCGUGAACAUGGGCUGGAAGAACUUAUCACUCCGUUACCUGUGACUGAAGAUCAACUUGUGAAUGAGUUACAAAGAAACAACACCCACCUGUACCUGUCUGAUGAACCAGGGUUGAAGGUUCAGGAAGCUUUGAAUGAAGGUGUAGCAGCUGCUAUCAUGUUCACCCCAACAAACAUCAUCACAGAGUCUGAGAAUCAGCUGCGUGUUGCCUUUGAUGGCGACGCUGUCCUCUUCUCUGAUGAGUCAGAGCUCGUGUUCAAGAGUGGUGGACUACAAGAAUACUUGAAGAAUGAGAAGCAAAAUGUCGAAAUUCCAAUGAACGAGGGACCAUUCAAAGGAUUCUUGGAGGUUUUAAUAAAACUGCAGAAAAAGUUGCAUAAUAGAGGCUUGUACAAGAAGUGUCCCAUUCGUACCUACCUGGUGACAUCUCGAGGGGCAGGCUGUGACGGCUACAGAGCUUUAAACACUCUGCACACCUGGGGUCUGGAGCUUGAUGAAGCUGUGUUUGUGGGAGGGGCUAACAAAGGUCCUACACUGCAGAGGAUCAAGCCUCACAUCUUCUUUGAUGACCAGCAGAGACAUGUUGAUGCUGCAUUGGAGGUCGGCACAGUGGCAUGUCUGGUGCUCUCACCAAACUAACAAUAAAUAGCAAUCUGUUGAUUGGAUUUUAUAACUGCUGGAAACAUGUGAACUUGAAAAGUAUGUUUCCAUAAUGCUUCAUAAAUGCAAA